CACAUUAGCUUAUGGGGAAGAUAGUAUUAUUACACUUUUGUUGUGCGGCAAUUCAGCUGAUUCAUCUGUCACAAAAGAGCGUAGAAGCAGAAAAAAGAAAAUGCUCACGAUAAGUGGCAAGGGACUAGUGAUGGGGGACUAUAUUCCGACGUUGUUAUUUCGCGAGCUAUUUUAAUUCAAUUGUGAAAUAACGUGGAGAGAGGUGUAGAUGAGUUUUCAUCCUUUUACUUUGUUUAGGGCAUACCCAAUUUUUCGGUGUUAUUAUGACGACGGGCAGUUAAAGUUUGGAUUACGCAUAGCUAGGGCAUAGACGAAUUGUUCUGAGAUCCAAUUAAAAACGUUCCUUGAAGACGUAUAUCCUUUUGUUUGUGAGAGAAACGAUUUUCGCGCAACGGGAACUGUUUCCAACGUUACUAAUGGGUCGCCGGCAGCUGUAAAUGCCUAAGCCGCCUCAGCCUAAUAUUAAUGGUCGCUUCUAGACUUAGUAAACAAUAUGUUUUUAUGAUGCCUGAGUAUGUCUCACCCGGGACUUAUUAGCAUUUAGUGUGCCGCACGUCAGAAGUACUUGACGAAGUUAUCUUUCUAUUAACAUUGAACUCGGCUUUGAAUCUAAACCCCCAGACAGGAAUCUACGCUUGGACUUUCAGUGUUCUAACAAUGGAUCCUCUAAGACUUGGUAAAGGUUCGAGCGGAGCAAAUAAGCAGACACCCCCAGGAGAUGCCAACACUACAGGUGCGUCCAGAAGCAUUCCAUUGGCGAUACGUUUUAACGCAGGACAAGAAAGUGUGGAAGAGAUUCUCCCAUCAACUUACAAUGUAGAUCCAGCCUCUCCGGUAACGCAAUCAGUGUCUUCAAUCGUCGAUGCAGGGCAACGUUCGUUGUCUAGUAGCCCACAAUUGAAUUCUGAUGACUUCAACUGGCGCAAAGACUUCCUCCAAAGCAGCUUCUUCCAUCGUAAACGAUCAGGUAGCGUAGAAGGUAGUGGUGGUGGCGGUGGUACAUCACCUGGUUCUAGUCUUAUAAACAAUCUAUCAAGUAGCGGAGAUCCAAAUACAGUUGGUACUUGGAAGUUAAUUAAAGGCAAAGUAUCUCAAGCAAUGGAAGAUAUCAAAUCUAAAAAUAUACCAACACCAGCUACAACAAUUUCAGCAACAUCAUCUCAAAAAGCAGAUACCACUGGAGGAGCCGAUUCAGAUCCAGAGACCGCUACAAGUGACGAUAUAUCACUAGAUCUUUCAACAGGUGCAACUACCACCCAACAAUCGUCCAUACAAAAACAAAAAGGACUACCUGCGACCUCACAAACUCAAAAUUCUGCUAAUGAUUCUGAUUUUGAUGCAGACGCUGAAAUACUUGAUAUUGAAACGAUACAAACUCCUGUUGCCCCCCCAUCGACUAUUAAAAGACCUUUUGCAUCCUUGAGAGCGAAAACUUUAUCAGGACCAUCUAUAAAAACAGUGCCCACUAAAAAACCUACAACCACAGCUAACAAGGACAGUGUUAAUGGAAAAGAAGAGAACAAGCUUUUUAGACGACGCAAAAGGGACAAAUUCGAGGAUUAUUCAGGAAAUGUCGGAUUUGGGGUGAAGCCGAAGAAAGAUGUAGAAAUUGAAAGUGGCGUUGAAAUGUUAGAGGAUAUGAUCCUUCCCCAAAGUACGUCAGGGUCAAAUCACCCGGACGAUUCGCAAACGGGCAAAUAUGUCACUACUAAGCCUGGAGACGAUAAAAGCGGGAGAAAUUCACCUUUGCCCGAAUAUUAUGAUGCGCUUCCUUCCCUUCCAAAUCGAAACAGUCAGCAGGACUCUAUGUCCAAGCAUCUAGGCGAAACAACAGCCAAUAACAAUGCAUCACAGCAAAACAAGUGUAAAACCAUGGGACAGCUCCUAAUGCAUUGCCUUCGAACAGCCUAUAAAUCACGCUCAAUAAUAGUCACAUCGGCUUUACUAGGAAUCCUUCUAGUAUUACCUCUAGCCGAGUUUUUCCGUGGGGUCAUUGCUUGCCUUUUCACCAUUUCCCUAAUAACUUCCAUCACCGAAGCAUUCAGCCUUCUAAUUGAGCGAAACGAUGUACUACUUAGGCUCAUUGGUCUGCAAGGUAACGGGCCAGAAAAGAUACCUUUUCAAAUUCCCGACUAUGACAAAUUACCGAUUUGUGAAAUCCCGGCAGCUGAAGAGCAUAAACCACUGAAAUCAUAUGCAGGAUGGAUGACUGAAAUCAACAACUAUGAUCCGUCCAAUUUUCACAUAUCUAUGACUAGACCGAUUUAUGCUCGACUUGAUGGAUCAAUCUUGCGGAUAUCCAACACCAAUGCUCGCAUUCCAAAACGUUCAAUGUGGAACGAGCAACCAAUUCAUAGGAAAAAUGUUGUAUUCACGAGGCAUCGGUGUUUCAAUCUGCUUGGUUGUAGGGUAGAAAUGUGUCCACGAGGUUUGGCACGAAAGAGAUACUUCAAUAGAAAGUACCCGAUUCAGCUUAUCAUAAACACCGCGGACACGGUUCGAAUUGAUGAAAGGAAAAGUGGACGAGGACGUAUGGAAACCGCCCUGCAAGCAGAUACUGAUAUAUCCACUACACAGGAUGCAGGCUCCAUUUCACAUCAGAAUUCAAACGAAUCUAAUGACGAUCAUUCAGAUAGACAAAGUAGUGACUUCGACUUUGGCACGACUGUGCUUCAUUCAAAUCUCCAGAAACUUCACGACAAUCAGCAACAACAGGAUACCAUCAAAGAAACUACCGUCCCGUGUGGUGAUGAGACACGUUUGCUCCUAUUUGCACGUUGUGAUCGCGAAAAGGAGGAUUGGUAUAGACGUUUUCUUGCGGCCAGUGUUGGUGAAAUCAAUGAUCAGGAACUACAAAAUCCAGAUAUUGUUAUGAUGACUGAUGAUGAGAUAACAGCUGCAAUUCGGGCUGUUCCACCGACGGUAUCCGCAUUGACUGAACAAAAGGAGGAAUUGAUUUCAUCAACGACAGCAACUGAAGGAGGUAGUGAUGAAACAGCCAAACGUAGUAGUAAAACUGGUUUGAUGGAAGAUGACGAUAGCAUACCGUUUGAAGGCCUGAUAAUCGCUCCAAAUGCUGCUCGAAACGCGUAUGGUUAUAUUCGGUUUAUGUCCUUAUAUCAGAAGGCAUGUAGAAAAAGUGCAAUAAAAAUUCCAGUCAUCAAAAGUCCUGAGCAUAUUAAGCAGCAAAAUCGACGCCAAAAAAAGCAAGACGAACUAUGGAAAGGUAUCGAUCAGACCCUAUUUCUGGGACCGUCCAGCAGUGUUCUAUGGGCAAAUGUGCUCAUCGGUCGUGUUCUAUACAGUUGCUUAAACGAUCAGGCACUCUUAGAAAAAAUUCAAGAAUUUCUCCAGAAGAAACUUAGUGCAAUCAAACUCCCUAGUUUCAUGGAGGACGUUGUGAUUGCUCAGACAUACUUAGGUGAUACGCCACCUCUAAUACAUCGGGUAUCACAGCCAAUGUUGGACGAGCGUGGAGUUUGGAUCGACGCAGACAUAACAUAUGAGGGUCUUAUGCAUAUGACAAUAACAACAAAAUUGAAUUUACUACGAUUGAAGCGGCAACAGCAGCAAAAUAAUCAGCAGCCCGCAUCCCAUGAAGCAGGAUUGGGCUCAACAAGUAACGAGUCAUACAACAAUGAUCUAGGUAGUGAGAAUAUUCUUCAAUCAGAACUAACCAACGGAAGAAGCACAAUCUCUGCUGGAGGUGACGGGAGCUCAUCUAUAGCUAUAACUCCUCCUAGAUCCACAGACACGACCAACUUUACAGCAAACUCUGCAAUCUAUGAUAGUGAUGCGGAGAGUACAGGAGCUUCCAGCUCGGAUUCAGAGGGUCCAGCCUUGGGAACGGUUGAUCCAACUUUAGAUAGUUCAACAGUUCCAAGUGGAACACCCACUAGUGGAUCAUCUCAAACAUUUGGUCCGGGUAACAGUCGACGACUACUACGGAUUGUUGAUCGUAUUACAGCCUCGAAUCUGUUCCAGUCGGCGACUGAAAUUUCCUAUAUACAACGCGCUAUGGAAAAUAUGAGCACAAAGAUCACCCUCAGGGUCGAGCUUAAAGGACUUGUUGCCCGUAUUGCUAUAAAUUUACCACCGCCUCCUUCCGAUCGGAUAUGGAUAGGGUUCCGUGGUCCGCCGCGUCUUUGGAUAUCAGCCAAACCAGCUGUUGGAGAUCAUACUUUUGAUUGGAGUAUAGUAACAAAUGUGAUAGAAAGCAAGUUAUGUGAUGAAGUUUAUAAGUAUUUAGUUUAUCCUAAUAUGGUUGAUAUAAUUGCACCAUUUCUUGGUCAGUCAACUUACAAAGAAUAGAUUGAUAGCGAAGAACAUAUAUUUGGACUAAGUAUGAAGAGUAAUGAGAGGCAGUAGUAAAGAGACUUUAAAAGAAAAAGACAUGCGCUUGAAUAGUUUAUUGUGCUUUCCGUUUUCCCCCUUAAAAAUGAAGUAAUACCAAUGAGUCGAUAAGUUGAAACAAUUUCGAGCUUUUGCAUCAAUUUUCCUCUUUUGCGUUCCAACUAUAAACGGUUCAGUGGACACUUCGAAAAAAGGUUCUGACUUCGUCUUGCUUAUACUUUAUCCAAUAAAGCUGACUGAUUUAAUGAGAAGCAAAGAAAUUGCACUAGAAAAGAAGCAAUACAGAAGAAAGGACCAAAUUAACCAAAAGAAAUUCGGAACAUUUUUUUUUUGCCAAAUAUUUGAGAAUAAUUCAGUGUUGUUUAUAUGAAUGUGUAUGUACAAUAAAUAAAAGAAGAAAUAUAGUAACAGGGCUGAACACCA